CAUUUACAAUGUUUAUUUCUAAUUAUGCGUUGUAAAAUAUGUCGCUUUAAAAGUGUAAUACACGGGUAGCGAUGAUUUUUAGUUCCUGGAUAACAUAGCUUCUUCUUCUUUUGUGGCAUGGCAUUUUUUGGUAACUCGCAUCUGUAAAUGAUACAAAUAUGGCGGAUCGGAAACGUUUCGAAACAUUCGGCGAAGGCGCCUCAGCUCACGCGUUUACGGACGGCAAUGAGUAUGUCCGUCACGGCAUCCAAGGAGGCAGACCACCUACCAUUCACGCUGACGUGGAAUAUCUUCUACCGAAAGAUGAAGAACCGGAACCCGUGGACACUGACGAAAUAAUAAUCAUAGAUGAGGAAGCGGGACCCGGGGGCCAAACAAAUGACAAAAUGGCAUUCUUCCCAAAGACGAGUGACGCCGCGACCGGUCCGAGUAAAGAACCUGGUCACAGUGACAUGUCCUUCUUGAACAGAGCUUACACGGAUGGAGAUGAGUUUGCUCCUAUGAAUGACUAUCCGGGUGAAAGCUUGUCUCGUAAUGGUUAUCAUUCGUACUCAUUUGGAUCCCCGAAGAAGAUAAACCCCAGACUGUCUUUAAAGCAGUUUCUCGUUAUCAUUUUGACUACAGUUGUCAUCGCCGUGGCUCUUUUUCUCAUCAUAUAUUACACAGAGGGCCAGAAAGGAGAACCAGAACAAGAUACGACUACAACUACCAGACGUACUAUUACUACACGACGCACGCCAUCGACAACAUUCCCAACGAUUAGGACGUCAACAUCAAUUGUGGAACCGGAAACAACAUCAGUGGAACCAGACACAACAGGCAUGUCUUCUAGCACAGAGGAGUCAUAUAAGACAUCGGUGCAAUCAAAUUCAACACCUCAAAUGGCUAUGACAACCCAAAACCUGAGCAUGUCAACUCCAACAACAUCAGAAAUGUUUAGUACUGAAUCGGGAAGUACAACGUCAAUAUCAAAAGAGACUAUAACAAGUCAGCCAUCAGAUUCACUUAAUUCAACCACUGAGUCUCCAUCAACGAAGCUUACUACUACACAGUCGACAUAUGAACGGAAUAGUACAACACAAACAAUAAUUGUAACCUCUGGAAUUCCUGUAACAACAUCACAAUCGAGUGCGUCAACACAAGAGCCUACCACAGAAAAACUUGAAGUAGAAACAACAACAAAUGAACCAACAACGCAGUCAAAUAAAGAAACAUCGGAAGGGCCUAAGUUUACUACAGAAUCAACACAGGAAAACAGUACUGAAACUCAGUCAAGUUCAACGACAGCAACAUUUAGUACGAUCAGUCAUAAAACGGAGGAUCCAAGUACAGCACAAGUUUCACGUACUAUGGCUACUACUCCAUCACCUACAAUCACAGCAGAAUCAUCUACCAUUACAGUAACUUUGGAAUCCGUCAAUGGAACAUCCCAAACCCCUGAAUCCCUCACCACAGAAUCUCCAACAGCAGUAGUAACAACAGCAGCAUCUCCCUUAAUAACAACACCAGGAUUUCCAACAACAGCAGCAUCUUCCAUAACGACAACACCAGGAUCUCCAACAACAACAGCAUCUUCCAUAACCACAACACCAGGAUCUCCAACAACAACAGCAUCUUCCAUAACCACAACACCAGGAUCUCCAACAACAACAGCAUCUUCCAUAACCACAACACCAGGAUCUCCAACAACAACAUCUUCCAUAAUGACAACAACAACACAAGAAUCGCCCACUACAACAUUGUAAUCUUUCACAACAACAAUAGCAACAACAUUAAAAUCAACAACAAAAGACUCUUCAAUACACACAACAGAAUCUUCUGAUGAAACGACAACUACACAUAUUCCCAUUACAACAACAGUGGCAUCAACAACAGAGUCUCUCAGUAUAACAACGAAAGUAGAUGUAUUGGCAACAACCACUGCUAGCCAUGGAAUACAAACAUCAACAACAGCCCAACCAUCCACUUCCACCACCACGCCUACAACAGUUUCUUUGACAAUCACAAACCCUAUAAUAUUGAAUUAGUAGGAUUUUUCGUAAGUAAAUACCAUAAUGCAUACGGAUAUUAAUACAUAUAUUGUACAAAACUAAAGAAAGUUCACCAUUUUUUUUAAUCCAAGUUACCUAGAAUAAGGAAAGUGUUGGUGUUUUGGGUAAAGAAAACAGGAAAAAAAACAUCGAUCAAUCGACAACAGUUACACAUAUUAUAGAGUGGAUGUCUUUCAGUUUUUCUUUGCCAACUUGAACACUGAUCCCGAAGCAAUAAGCGAUGUGACACAUAAGAUGCUAUUCAUUUUGAUAUGAAAAUUGUGUUUGAUAGGGUACAUGUGCUGGUUCCUAUAAUCACAGGAGUUCAAUGGACAAUCCUUAACAGAAACAGAAAACGAGGUUAUGUUCGAAGAGUGAUCCGUCCACGUCAAACACGACGUCAUCAACACCAGUGGUUCUUUCAAGACACAUCUAUGAUAUAUAUUCAGCGGUACAAUGUUGAUAUAAUAUAUAUGAAUUUCACAGAAGGCACAAGAUUCGCAAUCUACAUGUAGAACGAAGCUUUACCAAGUUCUAGAGGUGGAAUUUUCCGACCCAACAUGAGUAAAUAAUGGAGAAUUUUUUCUCUCACAUUUUACACACUGUUUAGUGCUUUAAUUCAGUAGCUUUGAAGUCUUGAAAGUUACAUUUACUAACAUAGUGACGUUACGCCAAACAGCGGAAUGUUAAUAAAGUUUUAACUUUAACGUUCUGCUGUUUGUGACAUAACGUCGCUAUGUUACUAAAUGUAAAACUUCUGAAGAUUUGAAAUGAAAGCACUAAAGCUUUACUAAAUGUCUUUUUUUUUUUUUUUUUUUUUAUCUUUUCACCUAUACUUUUACCUAUCAUUGGGAAAAGUAAUGAUACGUCAGAUAUAAAAUCUAAUUUGCAUUGUUCUUAAAUGUGUUACCUCUUGCCAAACGUUGAUAUAUUUAGUACAGUUAUGUAGCUUAAUUUAUAGUUUUAGUAUUGAUAUGCAUUCUGCAUGUAAUCAAGCUUGUUUGAAAAUGCUUCAUCAAUACAGAUAUCAUACAUGCAGGCUUAUUUUCUCUGCUGUUUAAUUUUUACUGUAGGAAAACAAUUGUGAAAUUAAACGUACAAUGAAUAUAAUUUUAAAGCUGUGACUUGAAAACUGUAUGAAAACAAAUAAAGAUAUGGAAGGUACUUUAAAAAUAAAUAGAAGUGAAUUUAAACAUGUGUGCAUUAUUUUAUGUACAUGUAAUUGAAUAUGUCAGCUUGAAUCAGAUACAAUGUAGUUGAAUAUAGUGUUGACUUACCAACAAUCAAACAAGAUAAUCUGUAAUGUAUAUACAAUAUAGCAUGGGGUACCUGAUUUAGAUGAUCUAAAGUAAUUGUGUUGUUUUAAAAUUUUCCUCCAAUAGAUAUUUCUGCAGGAAACAGGUUGUUACCUUUUACACACAAAGCUAGUAAACUCAGAUGUCAAAGAAGCUUUGCAAUUAAAAUGUUUACUAACAAGUAAAUGUUCGAUCUACAUUUCAUAGUGCAAUAUAAUCAGUUUUAUCUCAUGUAUGUAUAAAUUAUAUACAAAGAUAGCUAAAAUUCAGAAGUUUUAUUCAGAGAAUUUAUGUACAUGUAUCAAUAAAUAAAUGGAAUGAAAGCACA